GCUAACAGAUCCGCCUCCCUCCCCUUUUUCUCUCUCUUCCCGCUCCUCUCUCCCUUUCUUCUUAGCGUUGAAAAUGGCAAAUCCCCAGAAAAACCCUAGCUGCGUUUGCUUAUGAACUGGUUUGGGGGAGAAGUUUUUGAGUAGCCGAAAAAACAGUUCUUGAGUGCUCAAAAAAAAAUUAUUAAAGAGCAGCUCAAAAUAGAGACAAAAGUGCAAAUGACCCAUUUUACGUUUAUAUCCCUUAUUAUAUAACUUUCUUUAUAUGUAAUUCGACAUUACCCUAGCAAACCUAUUCUUUUCUCCUCUUCCUUUUCUCCAUCUCUCCACAAGCGUAUUUUCUCAGUGGCUAACACUAACUUCCCAGUUUUUUGUUCAUCUGACAGAAUCAAAGAGGAUAUAUUAUACUUUUAUAUACGUGAAGAGACAGAGGUGAAAGGCAAGAAAGAAGAUGGGGAAAGCGGCACACAUGAAGCUGAAGGGAAGCCAGAACUUGAGACUACGUCUUUUACUGGCGACCCUUUCAUCCAAAUCUAUUAUUAUUGAGGAUAUACGUGCUGAUUCUACUUGGCCUGGCCUUCGUCCACAUGAGGUCUCUUUCCUCCGCCUCCUCGAAAAAGUCUCUGAUGAUUGUGUUGUUGAAAUCAAUGAAACUGGCACAAAACUGAAGUACAAACCAGGAAUUAUUAUGGGAGGAAGGCAUUUAGUUCAUGAUUGUGGUGUCAGUCGCUCCAUUAGCUACUUCUUGGAGCCUUUGAUUGUGCUUGGUUUGUUUGGAAAGAAACCACUCACCAUUAGGCUUAAAGGGAUCACAAACGAUCCAAAGGACCCAUCUAUUGAUACUUUCCGAUCAACUACUCUGCCUAUACUGAAGCAGUUCGGAGUCCCUGCAGAAGGACUGGAACUGAAAAUUGAGAGUCGGGGAGUUGCUCCUAAAGGUGGCGGAGAAGUAGUUCUUUCAGUCCCUAUGGUCCCAACUAGUUUAAAGGCUACUAAAUGGGUUGACGAAGGUCUGGUGAAGAGAAUCAGAGGUGUUUCCUUUUCAACUAGGGUCUCUGUUCAGUUUGAGAAUACCAUGAUACACGCAGCUCGUGGGAUCUUAAAUCCUUUGCUUGCAGAUGUUCACAUCUUUACAGAUCACAAAGCUGGAGCACAAGCCGGAAUGUCACCUGGCUAUGGAAUUUCUCUAUUUGCAGAGACUACAUCUGGUUGUGUUAUAUCUUCUGAUACUGCAGUUUCAUAUGCAAGAGGAGAAGAUGAUGCUGACCUAGAGGAUGAUAGGAAAGAUCUGAUACCGGCUGAGGAAGUUGGCGAGGAAAUUGCUUCUGCCCUACUUGGGGAAAUUAAACAGGGGGGAGUAGUUGAUUCAACACAUCAGGGACUGCUGUUUCUUCUAUGUGCCUUGGGUCCGAAAGAUGUUUCAGAAGUUCGCGUUGGGAAGCUGUCGCCCUACGGAAUAGAAGCAUUAAGGCAUAUCAGAGACUUUUUGGGUGUUAAAUUUGUCAUGAAACCUGAUGCCUCCACAGGGACUGUCAAUCUCAUGUGUCUUGGCUCUGGAUUUCAGAAUUUAUCCAGAAAAGUAUCAUGAUAAAGAAAUGGCAUUGUGGUGAUUUAGAGUGACAGGCUGGAUCCACACGUUGGGGUUGGUUUGUCAUUCAUCAAUGGGUUGGUUUGGAUUGAAAUCUAGCACACUUUAUCCCGGGCCGGAGGUUUUGAUGUGGUUGCUAGUUUUAACGAUAGCGUUCUAUGGGAAGCAAAAUGUUGAAAUCACAUACGCCAUCUCCCUGUCGGGUUGAAAUUUUGGUGUCAAAGAGUUCAAAUUCACCUAUAUUUGAAAAUUCCUCUACUGCUUUUGUUUCUAAUUGUCUUUUGAGAAAAAUCAUUUGAUCCUGAGUUAUUUUUUCCCAACUUGUUCGUGAGUUUCCAACUAGAAGACAUAAAGUAAGAAUAGAAUUCAAUCAUUUCCGUUAGCAACA